CACGCCCAAGCAACCAUGUUUUUUUUCUGAUUUCACUUCAUAACACGAAUGAAUUUUUUUAGGACGCAAAACAAACGCAAAUUGACUUGGAACAGUAUUUAGAAACACAAGGAGAGGCAGAACGAACAGAACUGUAACAUUAACACAUUCUCAUUCACGCUUGGACUUGCUCUUGAAUCUCUUUUCGAAUCCGACUUCCUUGAACGAGAGGUAAAUAAGCAUAGCGUUUGAUUUACCGUGUUAUUUUUGACUCCGCGGAUUAGAAACAAAAUAAAGAAUUUACUUCCUGAUAUUUUUGCAAAAGACUGCAACUAUUUUAGCAUUAAAAUUUCCCUGCAGCAAUGAACAUUGGCGAAAACAAUUUGUAUGCGAAAAUGAGAUAACUUACCUUUGCCGGAAGCGUUUCUAGUUAUUCUUCAGCACGCGCUUAUUUCAUGGGUAUCUUUUUCAUGACGUCGACAAUGUUUGAUGGCGUCAGAAUUCGCUGAAUGCGUUUCAAAAAUGGAGGUUCCAGAAGGAAAUAAACACUGCGUUUCCAAAAAUAAAUUAGUGAACCUCCAGUGUCUGAUCAGAGGGAAAUUGGCCGGAACAUUGGUAAUAUAAGGAGGGUAUAGGUUUAUUCACUUGGUUGGACCAUGAUUUUUUGAAAUGCAUAAGAAAAAACAAUAACAUUAAUUUGGUUUCACCAAAAAAAAAAAAAAAAAAAAAAAAAAAAAAAAAAAAAAAAAAAAUAAAAAAAAAAAAAAAAAAAAAAAAAAUAAUUUGGUAUAACAAAAAAAAAAAAAAAAAAAAAAAAAAAAAAAAAAAAAGAACAAUAGUUUUAGUGCUAAUAGUCUUUGAAUCGCACAGCCGCACAACUGCCAUGACAACUAUGCAGCUACGGCUAAAUGAUUUUCUUUCGAAAAUACAAUUAAAAUGACAGCCAAACUUGAAAUUACGAGAAAAAAACAAUACCAUUCUUACGCUGGAAUUAUCAUUUACAAAAUUUUAUUUAAAUCUUAAAGUUAAAGCAAUAGCUCAGUUGAAAAAUACAAGAUAAGGCGAUAUUCCAUAAAUUUCAAACCAAUCCAAGUCUAAUGGCUAUAUUAUAUAUUAUACUAUGAGUAUGACAUGAGUAGUAGUAGUAAUAGUAUUAGCAAUCAUUACAAUUCCAAACACUAAUUUAAAAAAAAAAAACGUUAAAAAAACAGUGUCUGUCUAAACUUAAACUAAUAUCAAUAAGUUAAUUUUAAAAUCUGCCAGUAAUGGUCACGGUGAUUCAAAUCAGAUCAUAUGAUUAGUAACAUUAUAUAUAUAUAUAAGAUGCAACUACAUUAAUAGCAUUAUAAUUAAAUAAAUAAACGAAAGGUGCACCUCUUCUUUUGAGAGAGUCAAAUUUGAGACAAUGCAAUAAUGGCAUUCGUUUUCAAACUGUAGCUGUAAGCCUGGUCGGAUGUUCCUGUAUUGUUAAUCGAUAUUUUACCUUUGUGACACUUAAAGUUCACUUUAGGCAAACAUCAAUGUCUUGAGCAUUAAAAAAGCUAUGGCUAUAGGCACUACACUGUUUUAUUUUUCAGAUCCAGUUGGGUGUGCAUGAUGGUGGACUUUAGACGUGAGUUGGGUCCACAGCUAGAAGAUCUUAGGUCAAAAGGACUAUUCUGUGAUGUAACAAUUGUGUUCCCUAAAGAUGGAAGAAAAAUGCAUGUGCAUCGAAAUAUUUUGGCCAGGUAUAUAUUGUAUAAGUAAUACUUCUAAUCUAUAAUAAUAAAACAGCAAACAGCUGUUUAUACUCGUUGUGUGGUUUAUAAUUAUAAAUUAAAUGUUACCUACAUUUUUACUGUUUGCUUCUUAGUUCAUUUUUAAUUUUUUGAAAGUCUAAGUCUAGCUGAUUAGCUGCAACUUUUAAGUUAAUUGUUCAGAUUUUUAAUAUAUAUCAGACUCAGCUAGGCAUCUGAGAUUAAUUACCAAGUUUCAUUAUCAGAACAUAAAAAUGUAUCAUAAAUUUCCUUUCUAAAAAAUACUUCAACUUAAUUAAUAUUAAAUAAUAUAUGGCAUGGUCAUGGUUAAAAAAAUAGACUUCACUUGUUUCCCAUAGUCAGGGCAUAGUUAAAAGUAAAUAUAGGGAAUGAACAGUCUGAAUUAAUAUUUCACUGAAUCAGAGUUUUGUUUUUAUUUCUACACUAGGAUAUGGCUACAAGAACUGAUAGCUAUAUUGAACUAUCUUCUGUGAUCCACAGCAUUUCUGAAAACAAAUUAGUCACUUAAAAAGUUAAUUGUACCUAAAAGACUGAUUUUUCUGGUCCAAAGGUUCAUGUUGAUGAAUCCAAUGUAUCCAAAAAUAUAUAAAAAGUAUAAUUUAAUUUUUUUCUGAUUUUUGUCUAUUUUGUGCUGUGCCUCAAAAUUUGCUAGUUGUAGCCAGUACUUCCGUACACUAUUCACCUUUAAUAUGACAACAUCCGGGCACUUAGAGGUGGAUAUACCAGGGGUCACUUAUUCAGACAUGGAGGUAAAUCUUAAGAUUAUUACAAAAAAUAUUGGUAACUUUCUUUUUUAUGAGGGAGUAAACCUAAAUUUAAAUACUGAUUUUUAAAUUUAAAAAAAAAUAUAUAUUUUAAAUUUGAUAGAUUACUAAUGAGUUUAUACAAAAAUUUAGCCUCUGAUAUUAAAUAUGGUCCUACUAAUUUAGUCUCAAUGAAAAUUUAAAAAUUUAUUUACCAUAAUUUUAUCAGCAUGAAUUUAUCUUACUAAACUUAAUGUAGGAUGGAUAAUGCUAUGGAGGAUAUGAAAAUCUCAAAUUAAAGGAUUCGAUUUUGCCACCGGCACUCUUUGAUCAUUGAUUUUUUGGCAAUGUAAUUUGAGGAUUUCAAGCGACAUAGUUCUUGCCAUUGUAAGGGGAAUGAUUAUUUUUAUUUCCCAGGCCAUUGUCCAGUUUGCAUACACCCACAAAGCAAAUCUCAGUGCAAACAACAUAGAAUCUAUUAUAGUGACAGCUGACAGACUUAAUGUAUUGGGACUUUUAAAGGUAGGCCAUUUUGUCACAUGCCACGAAUGUUAUUUCUUGUUUUUCACAUUCAGAUUUCUAAUUUAUCUUUAAUUUUAAAACCACAUGAAUUUUUAAGUGCAAUAAUUAUUGUGUAAAUGAAGAUUGGUUGUUAGUUGGUUUGUUCCCUGGGUGUGAAAAUUUUGUCUAGAUUAUGGGGCCAAUAAUUUUAAGCUUUAGCUUCCACCAUUUCAUUUAUUUUUUUGUGUAGGUUUGUGAGGACUUCUUGUUAGAACACAUGAAUACAGAAAAUGCCAUUGGUAUAUACAAGAUAGCCAAGUACCUCCACUGUCGUUCCCUUGAAAGCCACACAUGGUCCUUUUUACUCAAAAACUUUCAUUUCCUUUCAACAUCCAGCAAUGAAUUUCUUCAGCUCACCCCAGAUGAAUUAGUUCAGGUAUUUAUAUUUAUAUAGUCUCCUUAGUCUCCUUAAAGAACAUCUGCAAAAAAGUAUGUGCCUUUUCCAACAUCAUCACCCCCACAAGCACCACUUCCUUUGUUUACAAAUAUGUAGAGUGAUCUCCCUUAUGAAGUUUUUUAAUAGCUGCUUGGUGGUUUAAGAUUAUAAUUUUUUUCACAGUUUCAAAUCUAGAUCGGCCAUAGAGGACAUCCACAAUUUAAAAUAUAAAUUACAUACUAAAAUGAACACAGUGUGCCUAAAUCUGCAUAUCACAAAGAAAGAAAGCUUGCAGGCAUCCACAAGAUCCUUUACACCCACUCCCCCUUUUAGAAUAUCUGCUACAACUUUUUCACCCAAAAAAAAAAAAAUAGUAGGUAAAAAAACACAACUAUCAGUGCAUAAUUAUCAAUGAUUUUAAAUGGCAUGCAUCGUAAUUCUUAUUUGCAUGACUUUUUAUCUAGAUACUUCGGGCAGAUGACUUGAUCAUCGAUUCUGAAGACUAUGCAUGUGCCGCUGUGGUGAAGUGGGUUGACUUCCUACCGGAUGUGAGGUCAGCAUAUCUCCCACAGCUGCUGACAUCUGUCAGACUGGGCUUGGUAUCCAGGUCAACAUACGAUGCUCUCAUGCAAAAAUUUAGUUCUUUACCAACAGAUUCAGAGUCCAUGUGCAUUUUACAAAAAGGUGAUCUUAACUGCUGCUAAGAAAUCUUUCUCCUAUAAAAUAACUUUAGAUUCGUUGUUUUUUUACAUCUCAGUUAAUUUUAAGAAUUCUGGUAUCAGUGUGUCGACUUUUUCAGUGCAAAAUCACAAGGCCUGUGAAUUUUCCUUUAGCUGGUUCCCUAGACAGCAAGUCAGCUCUCUCCAAGCACAGGGAUAACCCAACAUCAUAUUUAUGGAUGAUACAGAUUGGCACCAGUAGCGUCACAGUAGUUAUCAUUAUGUCUAUGUUGUCUGCCUAUGGGACUCCAUCUUGGGGUUUUAAUUCAGAGUUUCCUUCUCUUAAAAAUAUGUGCUGAUUAUGUUUUUGCUCAACUUGGUCUCUAGUGGGAAUUGAAAUCCAGACCACAAACGUGGGAUUGAAAGUUUCGACCACUUGACCAGGCAGCACCUAAAUUUAUGCUAUUUUUUAAUAGCAUAAUAAUGACUUCUGUUAAUAAUGAGUGUUAAAUUAUCUAUUUGGUCACUAAUAGGUUACGAGCUUUGCAGAGGUGGAGAUGAAACAAUAAUUAGGCCACAACUUUGUCAGUCACUAGGCAAUCCAAUGCUGAGGCCUCGGGUUCCGAAUGAAGUUAUAUUUGUACUUGGCGGUUGGUCCCGUGAUGGAGUGUGUGCUGACAUGGAGACAUAUGACAACAGGGUUGACAAAUGGUGAGGGUAAAUUCUGAGGAUCCAAUAGUAAGAAAUAAAACAUGAUAAUGGGAGGGAUUUAAUGGUAGAUAUUUCUUAAUUUAAUUGCUGUGGAAACAUUCAGUAGUGGUAUGUAUUUUAACCAGUAAUACUCUUGACAGGUAUGAGAAUGAAAGUGAGUCUUAUGAACACAGCUUGGCUUACCAUGCCAUGGUGUCAGUGGACAAAGCUCUCUAUGUCAUAGGCGGGUACACCACAGUCAAAUAUCUCAACUCGGCUAAACGAUUUGAGCCCUUAACCAAGACAUGGUCAGAGGUGAGUCUUGACUUGCUUCACAGUUUGAAGACUUAAAUUGUUAGAAUAUAAGUUUCAAGGAUUAAGCAAAAAAGUUCAUACAUUUUUUUCAUUUAUUUGAGAAAAAAAAAGUCAAAAAGAAUUUGCAUGAAAUCUUGUUAAUAAUGUUAACUAUGAAAGGAGAAUGUGCAACUUGUAAAAUUAGUCAAAUGGAAAUAUUAUUGAAUAAUUUAAUCUUUUACUUUCAGAUCGCUCCCAUGCACAGUAGCAGAUGUUAUGUUUGUGCUGCAGAACUAGGAGGAUUGAUCUAUGCAUGUGGUGGCUUUGAUGGGACCAAUCGUCACAGUUCUGUUGAACGCUACUGUCCAAUUAAAAACCAGUGGCAGAUGGUGUGUGAAAUGUCUAGUGUACGUAGUGAUGCUGGUGCAUGUGGGGUGGAUGGUAAGUGCUCAGUCUUCUCAUUCAAAUGUCAGUAUAGAACAUGCUACAACAUUUUCCUCACAUAAAUCCUCCAAUCCUCAUAUAAGGUAUCUGUUAGACAAAGUUGUUUGGGUUGAAUCGCUUGAACGAUUUUAGGGCAACAUCUAUUAUUAUUAUCUAUUUUUUUGUCACAUCGCUCUUUUCAACUGAGCAAGUUUAUAUUGUGGGUAAGAGUGAGAAGCUGAGGUUGGGAUCAGUCAGAAAGUGUAGUAGAAAGUUUUGUCUGAGACAGCAAUGUAUUAAUAUGAAUGAGAAUGUUUGUUCUGAACUUCCUUCAGUAAGUUUGACUAAUUUACAUAGAAAGUUUUGCUUUAACCAUCAACAUGCAGGAUUAUGAAUGUUUGUUUUGAAGCUAAUCUAUACAUGGCUGUAUUAUGUAUGCUUGUUCUGAAAGUAAUCUUUACAUGGCUGUAUAAUGAAUGUUUGUUCUGAAAGUAAUCUUUACAUGGCUGUAUAAUGAAUGUUUGUUCUGAAAGUAAUCUUUACAUGGCUGUAUAAUGAAUGUUUGUUCUGUAGGUAAGCUUUACGUGGCUGGUGGAUUCAGUGGUACAGAAUGUUUGAACACGGCUGAAUGCUAUGACCCUCAGACCAACCAGUGGAUUCUCCUUACGCCCAUGAGUUGUCAGAGGAGUGGAGUCACAGUGGUGGCCUUUCAACAUGCCGUCUAUGCCAUUGGAGGGUUUAAUGGCUCGGUCAGGUUAGACGAAGGUUUGUCUUUUGAUAUUCAAAUCUAAUUUGUUGGCCAGUGACAGCAGAGAAAUGUAUUUAGUAUUCUUCGAACUUGUGAUGCUUAGAAUUUAUAUACUUUAUCAUUAAAAAAAUUGUACAAUCUGAGGUUAGGCUAAUAUUUCCCAGCAUGGAGCACACUCCCCUCAGAGGAGUUGGAAGGAAAUUUGCAGAUUAUGAGGGGACAUUUGGUUUUUGAGUGAGGCAAUGUUAGAUGAUACACUAUACAGUUAACUUCAGUCAUUUUUGGUCAUUUAUUGCAAUCAAAAACAUAAUGUCUAGUUAUAGUAAAUUUGAAAAACUCAAGGCUUAUUAAAGGGAAAUAAUUUUAUAUUAAUGAAUUGAGUUUUAAUGGUAAUGCUUUCAUCUUGUACAUACAUUGUAUUUUUAGUUGAAAAGUACUAUCCUGAAAGAGGGGCCUGGUUCCCAGUGAAAGAAAUGCUAAAAGGAAGGAGUAAUUUUGCUGCAGCUGUCAUAGAAAAUAAGAUCUAUGUGGUUGGAGGAUAUGACGGUAGGUCAAACUCUCUACAUACAAAACACCCUUUUGAUGAACCAGGCAUUACAGCCAACAUAAAAAUAUCAUUAUUUAUCAUAGUCUUUUAAUUUGUGAUCUUAAGGCAACGGGGUAAGUUCUUGAUUGCACUGAUCUUUUUCCCCUUUAUAUUACCGUCUUAUUAAGAUUGAUAUAAUUAUAGUUGCUAAUUAUUUUUUCUGUGAAACUAGGCUCUGGUACAACAGGACAUGUGGAGUAUUAUGAAAGUGACAAAGAUGAAUGGACAGAGGCUGACAGUCUCCGUGUGGGGAGGAGUGCUGCAAGCGCAUGUACAAUAAAAGGGCUGGACAAUAUACAAGAUUAUACCUUUUAUGGUAAAGAGGCACGGCUUGUGGCACAAGCUGACUGUUUUGAUUGGCAGGUAAUUAGACAGUUUUGAUUUCUCUUAUUUAAAUUAUUUUAUCUAAGCCUUUCAUUCCAAUAUUCCAGAUAAUUUUAAAAUACAAAUUAAAGCACGGAACCCAUUAACCACACUUUAAAUGUCUAUUCCUUUCUUUGUUUGUGGAGAUUAGUUCUGCAGGUCCAGAGAAAAUUGAUCUAUCAACUUUUAGUUCCCAUGUGUCCCAACAGAAUGGUUUUCUGAUUUGGAUUCGUGGAUAAUAUUUAUUAACUUAAUGAGAUCAAUAAUUGUUGGUAGAUCUGGCUACUUGUUUUAUGAAAGUUAUGUCCACAGAAUGCUCCAAUUAUUAAUACAAAAUAAAAACUUUGCCCCAUCCACAGAAUUCCACCUUCAUUCAUACUCCAAGACAGACGAGAAGCUGGGCAAUGAACACAAGGUCAAGGAAUAAAAGACCAUCUUAGCAGAAGUCAAGAUUUUAAUUCUGAUUCCACUUGAGUUGUGCCACCGGAUUGUGAACUGAUCAAGUUGGGGGUGUGGUGUGGAAAUGACUGGGCACAAUGGCAAAUCCAUCAUCACCAUCUUUUUGUUAGACAGACUGCAGAAAUUAGCUUCCAUCAUAAGACAAGUCAAAGAACCUGAAGUUAUGCUUUGUUUCUUUAUGGAAUUAGCUAUCAGCUAUUUUUAUACUUUGAACAUAAGAACACUAAGAUAUGUCAGCGUUACAUCUUUAUGUGGACUUUUGUUAUUAUUCCAGGAAUCAUUCACUCAUAUGAUCUGACAAGUAACCAUUACCAUUGAACAGCAUGGAGUUUUACUCUAUCUACAAACAGAAGACAAUGUUUUUCUUAUUGAGACCAACGGAAGAUUUGAAUUAUGUCUUUUGUCUUUGUAGACAGAAGAUAUUUGGUCUACCGACUCAAGAGAAAUUUGGUAUGUGGACAGAGGAUGUUUAAUCUACUUAAAAGUUUUGAUGUGAAUGAGCAGUAGAAUCAUAACGUGUUUUCUAAAUGAUUAUAUAAACAUUAAAAAGUAUAAAAACUAGAGGCACAAUAAGUGUGGGUUUUUUGUAUUGGGUAAAUUGUGUGCAUCUGUACCUGGGGUGUUUUUGACACAAGAACAAGAAGAUGGUUAAGUUGGAAAUAUGGAAUAUUCUGAAUAGGGCUAAGUCAAAAUUUAAAAUCACUCACAUGAAAUUCGUAUGUCAACAUUUUAGAAGUUAGAUACAUACAUACAUACAAAUCCAGAGAUUUUGUACAAACUUACAUAGAAAGGGAAAUUUUUUUUUCAUCUAAAAUUUCAUGUUUCGUCUUGGAUAGGGUGAAGUAACUACCAUAAUAAUCUGAACCGAUAAAUAUUUUUUUUUUAUACAAAUUUUGCUCACCAGUUAAUGGUUGUUAUUAAAUAAAUAUGAUUAACAAGUUGAGAGUGGAUUGAAGAAACUGAAUUUAUUAGUAGAAUUUGUCUAAACUUGACCACAAAAAAAACACUCCAAAUUCAGACCAAAUUAGACUAAUAUUUUGUUUGUUUUGCUGUCCCCCCCACACCCCCAUAUAUUGAGUGAGAUCAGACUCUGUAGUCCUUGUGAAUUUACUGAAAUGAUUGAAUAUAAUUGGUGAUUUUUUAAAAAGAGAAAUACAUAUAUAAAUUAUCCAAAAGCUUGUUAUAAAUCCUAUGACCUGAUUCAUGAGCUAGUGCCACUAUGAUUGAAUGUCUGUUAUUUAAAUGGUGUAUCGUGACAUGAUUCUUGAGCUAGUGCAAGUAUGACUGUCUAGUAUUUGAAUGAUGUAUUGUGACAUGGUUCAUGAGCUGGUGUCCCUAUGAAUGUCUAUUAUUUGAAUGCUUUGAGACAUGAUUCAUGAGCUAGUGGCUGUAUGAAUGUCCAUUAUUUGAAUGAUGGUUUUGUUGACUAUUCCAAUGAAAUUUAUUUUAUC